AUGAUGGUGGUUCAGAAGAAAGAAAUUUUGGUGAAAGAAAUCGUGAUUUACCCGAAUCUUAUCAUCCGCCAAGUCAGGUGGCCCGUGCGAAAACGACAACAAACGGGGAUAGUUAACGCCCAGAGUGCUCGGCAGCGUUGGCGGUGCACCGUAGACGACGAGCAAACUUGGUUGUCUGCUGACGACGACUACGCCGCCAUGGAUGACCUGGUGACCCCAAAAUCGCAGCCUUCAGAGUCGUUGGUGAACGUCGAAACGGCCAGCGCUACGAAUCUUUCUUUCUCCCAACCACCAGUCGCACAGAACGGCGACAAUGAGAUGAAUAUCUUCGUCGCCGCGCAACGUGGAGACGUCAAUCAUCUACGGUAUCUCAUCGAGUCUGGCAAGGCGAGGGCGACCGACCGCGACGACCAGAACGUUACCCCGCUGCAUUGGGCAGCGAUUAAUGCCCAUGUUGCAGCGUGUCGUUAUCUUCUGGAGCAAGGUGCCGAGGUCGAUGCGCUGGGCGGGGACCUCGUCGCGACGCCUAUGCAGUGGGCGGCGCGAAAUGGCUACCUAUACAUUAUUCACCUGCUCAUCGCCCACAACGCCGACCCCAAUAUUUGCGAUUCUCAAGGAUACAACACGCUUCAUCUUGUCACCCAUUCGUCGUCCAUUAUGCCACUGCUGUAUCUACUUCACCAGCCCAUAAACGUGGACUCCAAGGAUUCGCAAGGACAUACAUCGCUCAUGUGGGCAGCCUACCAGGGCGACGCUCUCUCAGUUGACCUGCUGCUUCGGCACGGGGCCAAUCCAAAUCUCAAAGACGACGCCGGAUUGAGUCCACUACACUGGGCGGUCGUGCGCGGCAACAAGGUCUGCAUACGACGAUUGAUCGAGAACGGUGCAGACAUCAACGCGAAGGAUGGAGAAGAUCGAACCCCAAGGGACAUGGCCGUGGAGCUCAAGAGCCUGGGUGCAUGGAAACGUGCUCUCGAGGAAGGUGGCAUGAGCGAAUAUGGAGUCAAGCGUGGCACACCGCUCAGCGAACGCAACACCAAAAUCGUCAUCUUUCUACUCCCAACAUUCUUCUUCUGGUUGCAAUUCACGACCCUUUCGAUCCUACCAUGGUACACUGGAAUUCUGCUCGCUAUGGCCGAAUUCUUCGGCAUGCAUCAUAUCGUGACGCGAGUCUUGCUCAACCGGGCAACAUACACUGACAGUGUCAACACCACACCUUACUUCGCUGGUAUCAUUACAGCUUCGAUGGUCUGGGUCGCCUAUUGUUGGGUGACACGACUAGUGCAGCAGCAAGCACAGUCACAUUCCCUCGCGCAUCUCAUGUUCGGCCUCGCACUUGGUCUCUGCGCCUACAAUUUCUUCCGUGCCAUCACACUCGACCCUGGAACAUGCCCCAAACCUGCUAGCGACGAGGAACUCAAGCAGAUCAUCGAAGAUCUCGCAAGCGAGGGCCGGCUAAACGGACAGACAUUCUGCAUUCAAUGCAUGGCCCGCAAACCAUUGCGUUCAAAACACUGUCUGGGAUCGAAUAACCAUCGGCAGUUCCUGCUCUUCGUGAUGACGCUCGUAAUCGGCGUCAUCCUCUUUGACUAUCUUACCUACGCCUACUUCUCCGACGCGACCCUUCCCGUCAAUCCUGGGGACAUCUCGGCUUCCUGUCCGCUCCCAGUUGAACUCUGCUCCGUCACGACUUACGACCCCUUCCUCAUCUCUGUCGCCGUCUGGGCAACCCUCCAGCUUUCAUGGACGUCUGUUCUUCUUGCUUCUCAGCUUUGGCAGGUGGCUCGGCAGAUGACCACUCUGGAAGUCUCCAACCUCGGACGAUACGGUUUCAUGGGUGGCCGUGCCGGCGCAAGCAUGUCUGGCCAGAUGGGUCACCGCCAACACAGACAUGGUGCUCCACAGAGUGUACCCGGUGUCGACAGCGAAGAUACAUCCCUGGUCGGUGGUGAAGGCUCAUCAAUACCCGGAGGCACUGGCCACCGACAUUCCGGCGGUGGAUUCCUCAUGAACCUUCUCGGGUUUGACCGAUUCACCAAGGGCAAGGCCGUCGAUGGCCUUGCACGAGCUGGAAAGGCGAGCAACCCUUUCGAUUUAGGUGUCGUCAGCAACUGUAAGGAUUUCUGGACGAACGGGAAGGAGUUGGGCGUGGAGUAUGAGACAUUGUAUGACGUGCCGUUGGAAGGAUUCCGAGAGGCGAAGAGGAGGAGGGCGAUGAGGGAAGAUGAUGUCGGUGAUAAUGGGAGGAAGGUUCUGGGGAGCUCGAGGUCGAGUUUGUUCAUGGGGUGGAGCAGGGGAGCGAGCGGGAGCAGGGCUGGUUACGAACCUGUUAGCCAGGCUGCGUGA